AUGGCAGCCGAUGAUGCAGGCUCGGAAAACCAGGAGGUUGACAAGGCAGCCCUUCUUAAUCAAAUGGUAGCUGCGGCCCAAGAGAGCGUUUCACAAGAUCAAGACCCAGAAGAUCAGCCAAAUACUGAAGGACUCAACGAGGAAGACGCGCUACGGAAUUUGACCGGUGCUGUCAGGGACCAGAAUGAUUUGGAGCGAGAUAUCACACUUCAAGCUAACGCUGCCUUGAAUGAAGCCGAGGAUAAGAAGGACCAGAACCGUAUCGCAAAGUUACAAGAGACAAAACACCGACUUCAACUUCAACUAGACAAAGAAAAGAAGAAUUUGGAAAGAGUCGCCCAUAGUAACGUUUACCAGUCUCGGAAUGUUCAAAAGAAGAUUGCCAAGUUGGAUGAAGAAAUCCGACAAAUCAGUAAUGACAUUUCGGAUUUUCAGACACGAAUAGCCAAACGUCAUGAAGAAACCCCCAUUGAGGACCCCAAGAAAUCAAAGUCUGCAAAGCUUCCUGGUGAGAGCAAUCGCGAGUUUCUGAUCCGAACUGGAAAGAUUACACCAUUUGCCAAGAUUGGAGGACCACGACCUGCAGGUAUUCAAGGGCAGCUGGCAGACACCAUCUUAGACGCAGAAGAAGAGGCAGCAGCAGAACAGCUGGGAGGAGAACUUGAAGGACCUGCUUCUCACCAGCGGCUUCGACGGCCAGGCUUUGCCGAUGAGGCUGAGUCUGAAGCAGCGCCAUCUCGCGAAACAUCGAACAUUGCUGAAAGUGAAUUCUCGCUGAGACCGAGAAAAAAGAGACGUGCCCAGAAAGAGGAUAGCCCAUCUGCCGACUUUGAACCUGAAGCAUCCGGUUCCGAAUCACAUGAUGACGAUGUCUGGCAGCAAGGGAAUGAAGACGAUCUCAUCAGGGAGCAGCGCCGUCAGGCUAAAGCCAAGGCCAAGGUUGCCGAUCAGGAGCAGAUUGAUCUUAGUAAGAUUGAUGAUGGCAAUGAGUCUCAUUUCAAAGCGAGAUUGAACGAUUGGGUGACGCGUAGAAGCCGCGCCAGAAAAGUCCGACGUCAAACAGACGACCUGUCCACCGAUGCCAACGAGAGCGACCAGGAGGAAGAAGAAUGGUUCAAACCUGCACCGGAUUUUCCGGACUACGAUUUUGGUGAUGGGCUGAAACUCCCUGGCGACAUUCAUCCGUCACUAUUCGGUUAUCAGAAAACGGGUGUGCAAUGGCUUGCAGAGCUCUACAAGCAGAACGUUGGUGGUAUCAUUGGCGAUGAAAUGGGCCUGGGGAAGACGGUACAGCUAAUAGCUUUCAUUGCUGCCCUCCACUAUAGCAAGAAACUCCACCGCCCGGUUAUUGUUGUCGCUCCUGCUACCCUUCUUCGGCAAUGGGUAAGUGAAUUUCACCGGUGGUGGCCACCACUUCGUGUCUCCAUUUUGCACGCUUCAGGCAGUGGCAUGAUGAACCCAAAAUUCGAAGAUGAAUAUGAUCUGGAUCGUUUCAAGCCUCUGGCUACCAAGUCUGAAAAGGCUGCCAGCAGAAUUGUCAAUGGGGUUGUCAAAAGCGGACAUGUUCUCGUGACAACCUACACCGGUCUCCAGACAUAUGCAGAGACCCUGCUACCAGUAGAAUGGGACUAUGCUGUUUUGGAUGAAGGACACAAGAUUCGAAACCCAAAUGCUGAGAUCACUGUCACCUGCAAGGAACUAAACACCCCAAACCGAGUUAUCCUCUCCGGAACUCCGGUUCAAAACAACCUGACUGAGUUGUGGUCUCUGUUUGAUUUCAUCUAUCCUAUGCGUUUGGGAACGCUCGUCAAUUUCAGAGCGCAGUUUGAGAUCCCGAUUCGUCAGGGUGGAUAUGCAAACGCAUCCAACCUGCAGGUUAUGACAGCAGAGAAGUGCGCAGAGGCUCUGAAGGAGACUAUUGGAGAGUAUCUGCUUCAACGUCUCAAAGUUGAUGUUGCUGCUGAUCUCCCCGAGAAAACCGAACAAGUCCUUUUCUGCAAAUUGACUGAUGGUCAACGUAAGGCGUACGAAACCUUUAUCAAGUCAGAUGAGGUCUCGGCCAUUCUCAACCGAAGACGGCAGUCGCUUUAUGGCAUAGAUAUUCUGCGCAAGAUUUGCAAUCACCCUGAUCUGCUUGAUAAGAGUCUGGGGAAGAAGGCUGGAUACGACUUUGGUAACCCGAAGCUAUCGGCAAAGCUCCAACUCACCAAAGACCUGCUGCAAAAGGUUAUGAUACCCAAUGGGCAUAAAACGCUCCUCUUCUCACAAGGCAAGCAAAUGCUCAACAUCAUUGAGAAAUGUAUUAGCAAAUGCGGUAUUUCGUAUGUUCGGAUGGAUGGAGAGACACCCGUGGACCAGCGACAGCCAAUGAUCGACAGGUUCAAUGAAUCUCCGGACAUACAUGUGUUCUUAAUGACAACACGAACUGGUGGAUUGGGAACAAAUCUUACAGGUGCUGAUCGAAUCAUCAUCUUUGACCCAGACUGGAACCCCUCAACAGAUCUACAGGCCAGAGAAAGAGCAUGGAGAUUAGGGCAGAAGAAGCCAGUCAAGAUAUACCGGCUUAUGACUGAGGGUACCAUUGAGGAGAAGAUCUAUCAUCGUCAAAUCUUCAAGCAAUUCAUGACAAACAAAGUUUUAAAGGACCCGAAGCAGCGAAGCAGUUAUGAUCUGUCUGACCUCUACGAUCUUUUCAGCUUCAACACAGGUGAGGAUGCAAGCGCCAACCGAAGCGAAGUCUUCAAGAAGGCGGAAGUUGACUUGAUCAACAACAAUGAAACCGGAGACGCAAACCCAACCUCGCAAACAGUUGGAAGUUCGGACCCUGAGAAGGACAUGGAGGGUAGGGAACUUAAGCAAAUGGGUCUGGUCGCUGCCAUGGAAGAAUUCAGAGAAGACAAAUCUGCCCAUGACGAAAAACGCAUGCUGGAAGGUAUUUUUGCCAAGUCAGUGGGCAACGCAUACGACCAUGAGGCUAUUGUCAACGGCCCCCAAAAGGCAAAGGCGGAUAUGUCAAUACUCCAGCACGAGGCGAAUCAAGUGGCACGUCAAGCCGCAGCGCAUCUUCGACAAGCUGGUGCCGAGGCUCGAAGAGUCCCUAUCGGCACUGUUACUUGGACUGGUGAAGUUGGACAAGCUGGUCGUCCUGGAGCCAAUCGUCGCCGGGGAGGGCCCAGCUCAGCAGGUGUCAUGGGCAAUCUGGCAGAUCGCCAGGGGCUGGACACAGGAAGUGGGAGAAGCUCUCGCUCGGGAACUCCAGGUACAGACAAGAACCUGAAGUCCAAAGAUUUUGUGACCAUGAUUAAGGCUUUUAUUAACCGUCACAAUGGGCGGGUCCCCAGCAAGAUGCUGGUAGAUCACUUCAACCCCUACUGUCCAGGCAAGAAGCAGAGUGACGAGUUCAAAGCAGCCUUGGACAAGGUCGCAGUCUUGAACAAGACAGGAGGGGCAGGAAGAGGAAUCUGGACACUGAAGCCAGGUGUGAAAUAG